AUGACUACCACCUGGACUGAGACGGCACCAGGAGUGUAUGAAGCUAGCUUGGAUGGUGCGGAAACCGUAUACCGCAAAACAGCAACGGUAUUUGCGCCGCUCAAACGCGAGCACUGGAGGCUGCACACAAUCUGCCGCUUUAACUUUGGACCUGGUUACAAUGGACCAGCCGACAAGGAGACUGCUCUGCGUCAGGCAUGGAAAGCACUUCGAUAUGAAUUUCCUGGCAUGAUUGUGGCACCAAAGGACGGAUUCAAGAAAACUUACACGGCUCCGACCGCGGAGUCAACACAGAAAUGGCUAGACGAGACAUUCUUUGUAGAAACAAAGAGAACAGCAGAUGAGAUCAUCUCUGAAGCCGUAUCUCUGCAGGAAGUCCCAAGUCUCUACUAUCUCCCAGCCACAUCAGAAAUUCUGUUCUUUAUCUCCCACUGGCGCAUCGACGCCAUGGGAUCAUGGAUGGUUACCGACCGAUUGUUCCACCAUCUUGCUCACCCGUCCAAAGAAGAUUUGCCAGAGGUGCCACCUGCUGACGAGAUCAAGAAGAUUUCCCCGAGCUUGGAAGAUGCAGCAGGAUCACCCAAAGUGUCGACACCGGAAAUGGAUAAAGUGGCUGCCGACCACAUUGCCGCGCAUCACCGAAACGCCAUACAGAUGGGUGGCAUGCCUUACAAGGGCGACGUCACGACACUCCCUGCAAGUCCCAAACGAGAGGCUCUGAUCUUCACACGGGAAAGCACUCAAAAGGCAAUUGCUGCAUGCAAAGCCCGCAGCAUCACUGUGACUGCUGCUAUUCACGCCGCUCUAGCAGAGACCGUAUUUGCCAUGGGCUUGCCUGAAUCGCGAGAAAAUGAUUAUGUCACUGUCAUGCCAGUCAACUUGCGAAACUACCUGAAGGCACCUUACAAUGGAGAUGGACAUGCGCUGCAGACCUAUGCCGGCAGCAUCACACCUCGAGUCUCUCGACACGCCACCUUUGCCGAGCGAACAUCCUACCUGGUCGAGUAUUAUAAGACUCGAUACGAUCCAAAGCUUAUUGAAUGUCUGCGGCCCAUCUACAAGUACCAUGCAGAAGCGCUCUUCAAGCCACGACCGGCACCGGCAGCAGCAUCAGGCGACGCACCGGCACCGGCGCCGGCUACCAAUGGAAACACGCGUCCUCCUCCCGGUCCUCCCAGCGGUAUUUCCAUCAACAGCCUCGGCGUGGUAGAAAAGUACUUCGGCGGAAAAUACGGCGAUGCGGUCGAUGUCGAGACAUUUACAUUUGGUGUCAGUAUGAUUACGCGUCAGACCAUGUUGUAUGUGUGGACGUGGAAGGGCGAAUUGACGUUGUCGAGCGAAUACAAUGCGGCGUUCCACGAUGCGGAGGAGGUGCGCGAGGUGAUGCUGUCGAUCAAACGCGUACUAGAGAAGGAGUUGGAAAUUAGUCUGGAAGAGGCAUCGCAUUAG